UACCUGUGUUCUUGGGCCACAGAAUAUGGGCAGUGGGCUUGAGUCCUAGAAUCGAGGGAGGGAGAAUAUCUCGUAAGUUGAAUUCCAUGUAUUGUCGACCGUGGUUGGUGUGGUAAAUAAGUACCUACUGGCAUUAAAAAUGUCAUCUGUUGCAUCUUCUCAAAGUGGCUCACGUUUCGCUGGGAUAAAGAAGAAAUCCAUAAAGCCGGAACUUGAUGCUGAUGGCAAAGUUAAACAGGUUGAAACUCGUGAAGAUGAAGAACAGAAUCUGAAACUUUCGGAAACUGUUGAUUUGCUUUUGGCUGCUGGGUAUUUUCGUGCAAGAAUUAAGGGACUCUCCUCAUUUGAUAAGGUUGUGGGUGGAAUGACGUGGUGUAUUACGUCAUGUGAUUUUGAUCUUGACGUUGAUCUUCUCUUUCAAGAAAAUUCAACUAUUGGUCAACAAAUAGCAUUGACAGAAAAGAUUGUCGCUGUUUUACCAAAGAUGAAAUGUCCACAUCGACUUGAACCACAUCAAAUACAAGGACUGGAUUUCAUUCAUAUUUUCCCUGUUGUUCAAUGGCUUGUAAAGAAAGCCAUCGAAACUCGUGAGGAGAUGGGAGACUAUAUCAGGGAAUUUUCAGUGUCGCAAUUCAACAAGAAUUACUCAACGCCAGAGGAUACAGAAUUUGAAAAUCGCAAAAACAAAUGCAAGUCGUCGUUAUUAGAUGUGAAAAAUACAUAUCGACCGAAGAGGCUAUAUAAGAAACCGGAGUCACUAGAAUUUGUUGAUGAAGAAACUCGCAUAAAAACUACCUUACUGGAAUAUGGAUGGCAGUAUGGAUACAGUAAAGAACAAAAAGAAAAGAAAGAUGCCAAGAAACAGAAUAAAAAGAGUUCUAGUGACGAUGGCGAUGGACAGGAUAAAGUUGAAUCAGUCGACAUUGGUGAAGAUGAACACGCAAUAGAACAGAAACACAUCAAAUCUUUGAUGAGCGGAAUGGCGACGAUGCAAGGAAAGGAAGGAUCACUUUCCUCAAGCAUGGUUGGCUCAAUUGUCGGUCUCCAAUCUGAAGAAAUUUCGCAAAUUGUCUCUGAGUAUGCUGAAAAGCAAGUGGUAUUACAAGAAGACAGCGAAAAAAAUGAGAAAACCAGUGGUGCGCAAGCGCAUAAGAGAAUGCUUGCUGUUGAAAAACAAAUAGCAAAUCAAGAAAAGAAGCUUGCUCAAGUGGAAGUAAGGCACGCAGAACUUCAGCAAGCUUUCAAUGAAGCCAACGAAGCAUUAGCCGAGAAAGAAGAGUAUGGAGAAAAAAUCAAAGCUGAACUACAAGCGUUGACCGAGCUUGAAAAAGACGAGAGCGAAGGCGUUUAUCAAAAACUACGUUAUCUUGUGGCCAUGAACGAAAGUCUUAAGAAACAAGAACAACAAUUUAAAACUCAAUGCAAGGGGGAACUUGAAAAACUCAAAAAUAAUAUAAAGAGUCUAAAAGAGGGUGGGACGGAAGAGACGGAAGAUGAGGAGAGAGCAAGGGUAAUUGACGAGCAGUUUGAAGCAGAUAAACAAAAACUUCAGAGAAUCAGACUUGCAUUGGCGAAGAAGAAUCGUGAGAUAGCUGUCUUGCAGAGAAAAAUUGAUGAAGUUCCAUCACGAGCUGAACUUUCCCAGUAUCAAAGACGUUUUGUAGAACUGUAUAAUCAAGUGGCAGCGACCCACAAAGAAACCAAGCAAUUCUACACGUUUUACAAUACACUUGAUGAUACCAAACUAUAUCUUGAAAAAGAGGUCACGCUAUUAAACUCUAUUCAUGAUAAUUUUGCAAAAGCUAUGUCGUCUGUUUCCACCAAAACUCAAUUCCUGGAACAAUUCGAACAAAUUGUCAAGGGUGUAUUGAAUAACAAAAGCAAGGUUGAAGAGAGAAAAACCAACGAAAAAAAGAAAAGAGACGAGUUAAACAAGAGUUAUUUGAAACUUGUUGAGAAACAAAGAGUAUAUUUCAAAACCGUUAAAGAUUUUCAGGAGGAAUGUCGCAAGAAUGAAUUGCUUCAAUCAAGAUUAAAGAGUUACCAAAGAUAAAGGUUCCAACUACACGUAACUAUUGUGCUGACGUCUUCAUUCAUUGAAAUUUAUAGUACAAGUACUAUUGAUCAAGCAUUGGAAAUAAUUGAUAAAUUAACGUCACUUUACAUUAGACUGUCAUUGAUUUAUUUUCACUUUUUUGACAAACAAUUUUAACUUGGAGUGUCAAUUAACCUAAACAACAUAAAAAAAUUCUAUUUCAAAAGAAUAGGUUUGAUAAAGGAAUAUAUUGUACAUCUAUGUUCAGGUAACCUUUUCUCUCUCUUUGUACUUGAGAAAUAUAUGUUUUGCUGUUAUUGCAUCA